AGAGCACCUGUUUCAUAUAUUGCAUGUCUUCCAUGCACUCAUAGGUGAACUCAUUGUUAUGUUUCUGAAUAGUCUCCUCGAUCUCUUUACGCAGGCGCUCUUGUAAAUCGGUUUGUAAUGCCAAUUCGUACAGCGCGAAUGCCAACGUUGUAGACGAGGUCUCAAAACCGGCAACGAAAAACACGAAUACCUGUGCUGUCAUCUCGCUCACACUCAAUGCACGCAACUGAUCAUUUUCGCUCUUCAAGUAUUUACCCUUAUUGAGGUCCAUCAAAAUACUCAUAAAGUCAUUGCCUUGCACACCAUUACGCUCACGAUAUUCGAUAUUCUCGCGCACGAUGCGCAAAAAGAAGUCUGUAAUCUCCUGCGGCAUAAUAGCCAUACGUAGACGACGCGCCAUAUUCGGAAAGCUAUUAAUGAAGGCGUUAAUGAGUGGCCCGUGCCGACGCGACCCAAUUAGUUUGCGCCCCAUAACACGAAACUCAGCUUUGGGGUCUUGCAGGCUAUUGCAUUCGAUGCCAAAUGCGCAAUUCCCAAUCACAUCGGUGGUGAAACAUGCCAUCAUCUCUUUCCAGUCCCACACAUGCUCAUCGCUAGCCAUACGCUUCUCAACGGCGCUCAUCAGCUGAUCCGCCACCUUCAAUAUGGUGGGAAGCAUGAAUUUCAUUUUACCCGACGUGAAAGUAGGUGUCAGCUUACUACGCAAACCGCGCCAUUGUUUACCAUCCAAGCGAAAGAGAUGACCGGUGAGCGGGUCAUCUUUUUCGUUGUGAAAAAUGCCGCGAUCGGAAAAAUUAUUGAAAUCCUUAAUGAGUAUGUUUUUGAUGAGCGCUCUAUCCAACACCAAAACGGCGGGGCGUUGAAAUAAAUAAUAGCCACAAAAAGGACCCGAACCGCGAUGAUGUGUGUAUAUUUCACGUAGAAUUUCGGCGAAACUGCGCGUUUUCAUCAAGCCCUUCAAGUUGCCGGCGAAGAAGUGUGGCGCAUCGUGCGGUAUGCCUUGGUAGCGCCAAUAAUUCAUGCGCCGAUGCAACAAAUAGUAAAUAAAAGUAAGCAACGCCAACAGCACGGCUAUUAAAAUUGCAAACGCAGACAUUCUUUUAGUUCACCGGCUAUCGAGCAACUGAUCAAUAGCAAAGCGUUUUACGAGUGAAAAUGUAUUUAGUAAUAACAAUAACUAAGAGAGCUAAGUUCAAGCGAACAGCACAACAGAAUUGGAAAUUCUGGGAAUUGCGAACCAUAAAUUGCGGUAUGAGAACAACGUUGCGAUGAGGUGUUUACACUCUUUACUACUGACUAUGAAAAAUCGGUUAAGUUAUUUAUAAACAUAAAUAGCUGUCGACAUGCAGAAAAUUAUAUCGUACUGUAGAUAAGGCCAUUGAGUAAUGGCAAGCCCAAGUAUUUGUAAAAGAAUUCAGAAUAACCCAGCAAACACUUUACGCAUUGCGAGUAUAUUGAGCGUAUGCAAGCGGAGUUUUAUGCUCAGAACUGCCAUAGCCUCUAGAGAGAGCCUUCUCUCUUCAUAAACUCAAGCAUAAUCGAAGUCUAGUAUUUGAAGAAGAGUAUAGUACGAAUUUGUAGGCUUACACGGUUUCCUAGUCUCAUUUAAACUAUGUGUUCUUAGAGUUAUAUUGUACAUGAGUAUAUAACAUCAUUAUUCUCAUCAUAUAACGUUAUUAGGCUAUUGUUUUAAUCCCUACAAUUCAUAAGCCCCUCUUAAUUUUGCUAGAAUAACGCUCAGUUAAAAGUGUUAUCUGCGUUCAGUUUGCCAGAAUAUUAUUUUAACAUUAAUUUUAUACGUUUUAAAAUUUUGUUUGAUAACUGGCGUAGACUUGAUAAAUUUCUUAUUUUUAUUUCUCUUAUGCGCAAAAUAAAUACUCGCAUAUUUCCCAAAGUUACCAUUGCUUUCGUAUUUUUGCGCGGAUAUAAGGCAGCUACGUUGUAAAAUAAUUGUACAAUAUGAAAAAAUAUACAUAUAUACAGAUGUACAUACAUAUAUAUAUAGACAUAUAGACAUAUAUAUGUAUGUCCGUAAUGCACGACAAAAACCGGCCGAAUUAUUUUGUUUGUCUCUUUACGCUCUGGAACUUAUGAAUUAUCACUGAGCGGGCGCGUAUAUGAGGAAUUUAUGUAUACGUUUAUAUUUACUAAAUAUGUAUAUGUGUGUGGCACAAUUGAUUAUAAAAUAUAAACUUAUAUAAACAAAGCACUGUUAUGUUUUGUGGGGAGCAGUAAAUAGUAAUAAUUUCUUGGAUUCAUUAUAAAUAUAAAUCACAUAUCGAUAUCUAAUUUAACUGCACUCAAAGCGAUCAAUUAGAAUCAAUCAUAAUUGACUACUUACUACGCACCAUUAGAUAUACAAUAGGUACUUCUGAUCACAGCGAGGGCUGCUAGUCAACGAGCGCGAGGCGAAAUAUCUUUCAAUGAUUAUGUAUGUAAUAACUCUCAGAUACUUUCCGUUAGAUGCAAUUUCAAUUUUUUUUAGUAUUGAAAUAAUUACUUUCGAAAAUUCAACAAGCAAACAAUUUAUUCAAUGUCUGCUGGGUAUAAUUUUGCAUUUUUUUAACGCGAUACUGUUCAUUCGUGCUGGUUUUCAAAGAAAAUCAUUUAAUCACGGCUCAAAAUUUCAAACGAAAUGUUCAAAUUCAAGUUAAACUAAAGUGCAAAUAACUCAAACUUUAUAUUUUAUUUGCCUAACGCUGACAGAUGCUUAAUACGUAGUUAUUGUAACUUAUAUGUGACAAAUUAAAGGCAUUUGCUCAUGCUCCGUAUCAGAAACUUUUUUACAUUUAACAUUCUUUGUUCAACUUCUUAUUGUUGUAGUAUUUGCACCAUAAUUAUUUUGCUUAGAAAAGCAUUUUCAUUUACUCUCUUCAAAAUUAUCUACAUAUGAAAUUGAUUCGCAAUACUCGCACAAUGCAUACCUACUUAUAAGCUUAAUUAGAAACGAUUUGUAUCGAACGCAAAUGAUAAGUACUUCAGUAUGCAUAGAAAAGCAACCCCGACAGUGUUCGAAACGUUUCGGGAUUUUAACAGAAAAGGGGCGAGUUUUCUACGCCAGUUAACAAGUCGGAAGUCAACUUAUGAGAGAAAUUAAAUAUUUCUAAAUGUAUGUACAUAUGUAUGUUAUCAUAACAGAGCUAAGUAUAAUAUAUAACGGAGCUGUAUUAUAAUAGUUUCAAGUACAAAAUUACGCACAUUUAACAUUUCGGCAUUUUUUCUUAGUUUUUAGUAGAAAAAUUAAAGUUCUUAAAGGCUUAUUGAAAUUUAAGCGUGUUUCAGCGCUCUAAAAGCUCCAAGGUAAGAUAAAUUGUAUGACUAGCUUAGUUAGGUAAGGUUCUAAGGCUAGUACACGCAUUGGGAAUCACACUUAGCGGAAUGAGAAACGUGAGAAAGUGAAAAUGCUUUGUGAAACCAGCACAAUUUGGUUCACACGCGUCGAGAGAGCUACGUUAUUUAUUUCUAUUUCUGCUAGUUUCUCUGAAUGGCUCGAGUUAAAGCUGCAAAUAAAAUUUGUAUGAUACCAGAAGAAAACACGACGCUUUUAUUAGAUAACUAUGCACGUAGACACGAAGUAUAUCUGAAACUGCAGUAACAAAAAUAUAAUCUAUUCAGUUUUUUACUUUCAUUUUUACCGCUUCAACUUUUGAUAAGAUAAUGCUUACCAUAUUAUAUGCUUACUGUGGCUUUAAUUCCUGCCCUUACCAAACAACAGUCAGUUAAAAGCAUUAUCUGAGCAGUACCCAGAUAAUAAUAUUUGUUUUGCUAAUAAAUGUAUAAUAUAAGUGCAUUAGAUGCUAGUUAACGCUGCAAUUAGACACAAAGACACACAAACCGCCGAAUUCCAAACAAGUAGAAACAACUUUAUAAACAUAUACGCGCUGACUGCCAUGCAAUAUACUUGUUUAUCUGCACCCACGCUCGCUUAGUCACACGCUCUGACCUGCGCCAAAGCGCGGGCAAUAAAUAAAAUUAUCAUCGAGCAGCUUGAGUGAUGGUUAGAGCAAUAGCAAACACACGUAUUCGAAAUUGUUAUAAAAGUAAAUGUUGAAAAAUGUCAAUAAAACAAAGCGCAAUCGAAGCGUUUGAAAUCACGAGAGUUAUUGACUACUUUAGUGCACACAAUGUUGCCAGAUUAGCCACUGGCAUUGGCGCGAAUGCUGCGCGAUAUGAGAAUUUAUUGCGUUGCGACAAGCGUGUAGAAUGUUUAGCUACUAGCGCACACAGACACUUACACCGAUACUUAAAUGCAUCAAAGGAAGUGCUAACAUCGUUCCGUUGUUGGCCGGUAGUGCAGCGUCACUGUAACGCUUACGGUUUACUGCAUUUUUGUUAAGCCCAAAAGCGGAAACUUACUUGGUAUUGAGCAGUCUAAAUAUAUUGUCAGUUAGCGCGGCAGUUGCGGUUUUCAUAGGCCUCUACAGCAACAUCUCAAUGUGUGAUGUAACGAAAAGUUCAAAUAAUUGCGCGUCCCCUGACGACGCGUACUCCCAACAGAACCCCUUUUGAGACCCGCCGCACCCCGAGCGCAACGCGUAUAAAGAAAGCCAUUAAAAAAUCGCUCACCGAUAGUAACGAUAAUUAAAAUGUUAUAAAGCGUAUAUGGCGAGCAUGGGCGAACGGAAAAAGCUCCACAAUUGACUCCGUCGGAAAAGCGCAGCGCGAGAGCGCCGCGGAGUACGAGUAACUAAAGUACUGAGGUAAUCGAAACGCUUAGUAAGCGGUUGAAACGCGCGUUGAGCGGCAGCGAAAAAUACUUACCGACAGUCAAGUGUUUUGCACUUUAGUAUUAAGCGAGAAUAACAGGUGCCGGCGGUAUCGCGGUGAGGUGCAUGUGUGUAACUAGAUAGCAUAAAAUAUAUUUUUUAAAUAAAUUAGCGCUUUAUACGGUCGUUCGCUUUGCUUCCCAGUGAAUACUUGUCAAUGUGGCCUUGAAAAGGGCAAACGAUCAGUUGAAAUUCCACCGCAUUCACAAAUAAUAAAGCAAAACAACUCAUAAAAUGUGGUGGGUUUGGUUAAUUGUUGGUGUUGUACUAGCAAUGCUCGUCGUUUUCAUCAUUACGCCACUCAUCUAUAUCUGCUACAAGCGCAACUACUGGCGUUGGCAUCAAGUGCCUUUCGAAGCGCCCGCACCGGAAUUUGAGAUCCUGCAGCGCUUGCUCGGACUGCGGCCGACGCUGGAAUGGGAGGAGCUGGAGCACUAUGAUUCACUGUAUCGCAAUUUUAAGGGCCAUAGUCCGUUUUGCGGUUUCUAUCAUCGCAUGCAGCCGCGUGCACUCAUACUUGACCGCGAAUUGAUUAUGCAGAUACUAAUCAAGAACUUCUCGAAUUUCAACGAUCGCGGCAUCUACCACAACAGCAAAGAUGAUCCGCUCUCUGCCGAUUUGUAUAGCCGACGCGGUAGCGAAUGGAAAGAGAUGCGUUUGCGACUAGAACCGAUCUUCGCCAAAGAUGAAAUGCGCUACCUGUACGAUAGUUUGCGCGAUUCGUGCGCCGAGUGGCUAAAUGGCUUCGACCAGUUGGUGCGAGAUGAGCGCGCACACAGCGGUUACAUUGAAAUACGUACACAAAUGCGUCGCUAUGUGUUAGCCAGUUUGGCAGCUUGUGUAUUCGAUUUGAAUGCACAACGCCAAGAGAAAUAUCCGCUCAAUGUGUUCGAUGAUAUGACUCACCUAGAAAAUACGACAUCACGUCAUAGUAAGUUUGCGAAUGCUGUUUUACGACGCUACCCGCGGUUAAGUAAGAAACUCAAAAUGCGCACUACCUGCAAGGUAGUUGAAGACUAUUUCACGGGGCUCAUCGCUGAAGUAGUCGCGGAGCGCGAAAAGAAUGGCACCGAAAAGAAAGACUAUCUCCAAUUGCUGAUCAACUUAAUGCAGCAGGAAUUGAGUACGCACGAAGUGGAAGAUCAAACAAUGAAGGAGCUUAAAGAACACUUGAUGGACGAACUGGCGGCGCAUGCUAUCUCGUUUCUUAAAGCCGGCUUACGUCCUACAACACACACUAUUACAUAUGUUUUAUAUGAGUUGGCCUUAAACGAUCCCAUACAACAGCAGUUGCGUGACGAGGUGGAAGAAGCUUUACAACGCCACAACAAUGAGCUCUCUUACGAUUGCAUACGUGAGCUCAAGUUUCUAGGUCAAGUCAUAUCAGAGACCAUACGCCUCCAUCCGGUCGUUCCCUAUCUAAUACGACGCACACUGACCGAUUUUCCAGUACCGAACAACAACAAAUAUACGCUACCCAAAAAUAUGUUCAUCAUCGUACCGACACAUGCCAUACACAACGAUGCCGAAUACUACCCCGAGCCGUUUAUAUUCAAACCGGAACGCUUCGGUCGCAGUGACAAUAAACGACGCGACCUCUGUAUGUGGCUGGGCUUCGGCGAGGGUCCACGCAGCUGCAUUGGCCUGCAUUUUGCGCAGCUUAUGAUGCGUCUACUAAUAGCACAAUUGAUCACGCGUUACCAUUUCAGUGUGGAUCGUACGCGUUUGAUGGUCAAACCACAGAAUGUGAUUAGACUGCGUGUGGACCCACUCAAUGAACAGCCAGAGGGUAGGGAGGCUGAAGUGGUCAUUUAGCUGUAUGCCAUGUCAUUAUUAGGUUAUUUUAGGUUUUUACAGGGUACCUUAGUCGCAGAAAAUUAACUUUGAGAAACGCAACUAUUCUAAAUAUUUAUUUAUGUUUAUGCCGAUUUACGCCUUGAAAAUUAAAUAACACAAAUGGACUGUGAGUUUUAGGGGGGGAUGUAGUGUUAUAUAAUAAUUAAGAUUUUUGAUUUCAAAUGCUUUUAUUAGAAGUCUAAACAACUGUUUAUAAUGACAGAAACGAGAGUCUAGUUAAAGGCGGUGAGCACUCCACUGCCGAGCAGUAUUGACUUAGCUUUAAGUGUAGAGACAGUUUGUAUAUCAAUUACAACAACAAUAUUAAUUGUAAAUAAAUGAAAUAAUAUUAUUUUAAAACCAGU